UAUCUAGUGAUGAAAAGCUGUUGGCGUAUGUGGCGGGACAAGAUAUUAAAAUAUAUUUAAUAGAAAAUGGUCUAGAAUUAUCAUCUUUAUCAUGUAAAGGUGGUAGUAUGCAUAAUGUUGAAUUUAUGAAAUUCGUUUUUAAUAAUGAUAAAUUAUUAAUAUUCAAAGACGAUAGAACGGUGGCUGUCUGGGAUAUUUUUAAUUCUGUUGGAGAAUCUAUUGAAUUUGAACCUUUGGAAAAAGAUACAACUUCAGGUCUGGUUAAACAAGUGGCAAAAAUAAUUAUUGAUCCUAUAUCAGAAAAUGAUCCUUUUCUGAUCCUUACUAUAAGACCUUCUUUUCAUGAUGAUAAGCAAGUAGUUUGGGAUAAAUUGGAACUAAGUGAACAUUUGAAAAGAAAAGGUCUUGAUCCAAAUUGGUACGAAUUAGAUCCUAAAGAAAGUAUUAUCACUGAUACAAUGCCUCAUGCUUAUGGCAUUGGUUUUGAAAAUAGUAAGUUUGUAUUAACAGAUUUGGAGAAUGAACAUAAAAGGAUUAAAUUUUAUUUAGGGAUUGAACCAUGGGCUGUUCAUCCAGCAGAAAAAAUACUUGAUACCUAUGUUAAACAACGACUUCAAUUUCCAAGAUAUGUCAUCUAUCUUGAAAAAAACAGACAU